UAAAAACACACUCUUCAGCUUAAUGUAUUUAGUUUCUGACUGGCAAAGAGAUCCAAGAUCAGUCUGCCAGCAUGAGUCAGCGUGCCCUGAAGGAAAAUGGCAGUAUCCAUCAAGCCAAUUACGCUAACACAGAGGAAUGAAAUACGCCCCUGGUUUAUUAUAGCUGAGCAUUUAGAGGAAAACAACUGAGAAAGCACCUCCCAUUCUCUGACUCACUCAAGUUAUUAUGUUUCCACUGGAAGGAGACGCACCAGACAUAACCUGCAUCUGAGCGGGGUGGUGGUACAGGGAGCCAAACUGGAAUACUGAGCCUUCAAUCUGCAGGACGAGUGAAAUCCAGACGGGAAGUAUUGCUAUAGAAUUAAGCGAAACACUUUUGGCAACCUGCUUGUUGUGUUUUUGGCUUCACUCAGAGAGAAAAUGGCCUCCGGAUCAGAGGCCAACCUCCACUGUCCCGUGUGCUGUGAUAUCUUUAAAGAUCCAGUUCUGCUUUCCUGUAGCCACAGCUUCUGUAAAGUCUGUCUCCGGAGAUGGUGGAGAAGUAAAGAAGCACUCGAGUGUCCUGUUUGUAAGCGCAUAUCUGGGAAGAAACACCCACCUUGCAACUUGGCACUGAAGAAUCUGUGUGAGGCCUUUUUACUGGAGAGUGACCAGAAGUCUGAGGCUCUGUGCCGCCUGCACUCAGAGAAACUCAAACUUUUCUGUUUGGACCACCAGGAGCCAGUGUGCCUAAUCUGCAGAGACUCCGAAAAUCAUGCAAAUCAUAAGUUCAGACCCGUUGAUGAAGCUGCACGUGAUUGCAGAGACAAGCUUCAAAAACACCUGAGGCCUUUACAGGAGAAGCUGAAGCUCUUGAAACAAACUAAAGGAAACUACACCCGAACAACAGAACAUGUUAAAGUCCAGGCUCAAGACACAAAGAAGCAGAUUAAGAAGCAGUUCAAGAGGCUUCACAAGUUUCUAGAAGAGGAAGAGAAGGCCAGGAUCGCUGCUGUGAGUGCAGAGGAAAGGCAGAAACGUGAGGUGCUGAUGGAGAAGAUGGAGGUUCUGAGAAGAGAGAUAGCAGCUCUUUCCCAAAUUAUCAGAGCAACAGAGGAAGAGCUGAGAGCUGAAGACACCUUCUUCCUAAACAACUACAAGGUUACAGUAGAUCAGGUCCAGGAGCAUCCCCUGAUGGGUGAUCCAGAGCUUCUUCUAGGAGUGUUGCUGGACCAGGCCAAACACCUGGGCAAUCUGACCUUCAACAUCUUGAACAAGAUGGCUGAGGCCAGCUCGUACACUCCUGUGAUUCUGGAUCCAAACACUGCCCAUCCGAGACUCAACCUGUCUGAAGAUCUGAGUGGUGUUAAACAGGGACGGACAGUAGAGUGUCCCAACAACCCGGAGAGGUUUGACAGCUUCUGCAUCACCCUCGGCUCUCAGGGAUUCAACUCAGGGGUUCACAGCUGGGAAGUUGAACUUGGACACAGUUCACACUGGAUCCUGGGCGUGGCACCAGAGUCAGUCCAAAGGAAAGGACAUUUAGGCUCGCACUCUGGGUUAUGGACAAUGGAGUUUUGUAAAGGUAAAUACAAAGCAUCCUCACCAUCAAAUUCAGUCUCAGUUCUUUCAGUGUGGAAUAGGAUAAAGAGGAUCAGAGUUUGUUUGGACUGUGACACAGGGGUGCUGAGUUUCUCUGAUCCCAACAGUCUCAUAUACUCCAACUCAUGUACCUCCACCGAGGCCCUGUUCCCAGUUAUAGGCACAAGUGAUAAACGCCUAUUGAAGAUACUACCUGAAACAAUAAUAUUACUAAAUAAUACCUGUUAGAACCUUAGAUUCCGACAGAGAGGGUAAUGACCUAUUGGUGUGUGGACUACUAUUUUGAAGCCUUUAGUAAUGCGGUCAGAUACGGUCAAAAUUUCCAUAUUUGGAUGAUGGUGGAAUACCAAGUUAUCAGCUAAAGCUAGUUAGCUUGGUUAAGUUUUGGACAAUGACAUGUUUUUUCUAGUUUUGCCACCACAGUGGCUUUUACAUCUAAAUAAAUCAACAUCAACUAUGCUUCAGAUCAUGAGCUGUUGUUUUCUUUCUAAAAUGCUAUUGCUAAACUUACAUCUUAAUGGCUUAACAUAAAGUUGAGUGUGGCUCCACUCAUUACAGUCAAAAAGAAGCAUGAAGCAGGAUAUGAUGAAUGCUUAGAAAACCAAUGAACAUUUUUAUAUUGCAACUUUAUUAAACAAAGUAUAUUCCAUAUCGAACACUCAGUAAAAGCUUUGCCAAACAUUACUGGCCUCUGAAAAACAUUCACAGAGAAAAGAACUCAAUUUAGUCUGCAGACAUUAAACAGUCCUAACCACCGCCACAGCAUCAUAGUGUCAGGUUAUUAAGUAUUGUAAUAUCUGCUGCAGAGGAAAGCCUUCACAGACGGAAACCUGAGACAAAGUCCUUCUGAUGAUGAGAAAAUACAUAGAAACAACUAGAUGGAUGAUAUGGUUUCCAUGGUGACUGCACCUUGGGAUAAACUGACCAGUCAGAGGAUAAAAUAAAUAACAAAAUGAAACAUCUUGAAAAAAACAAACAGCAUCACUUCA